UCUUGAGCUGGGUGUUUUUCACGCUCUCAUUAUCCAUUCAGCGCCACACUCUUCGACUGGCCAAGAAGACGGGACGUAUUUCCUUUCACUUGAGUAAAGCGGACACGGACAGAGUUUCUUGGUUCGGAUGAGACGGCGACCGGGUUCAGAUAUUCGAACCCUCAUUUGUCUUGCUUAUGGGGACAGCACCGACCGAGGUAACCCAACUGAAGUUGGGAAAGCUGAAAGUGGCACGCCAGAGGUUGCUACAGCGUUAUGAGCACCAGCUCUUUGUCUCCUGUCUAGCUGGACUCUACGGCUGCCAGUGGAGACGUUUCCAGCGCACACAUGCUCAGCCUGGACACUGCUGCUGCUCUAAGCGGGAGUGUUGCAGUUUUGCUCUGAUCGUUCUGACCUUUUGUCUCAGUCUGGUGUUCCUGUACUUUUGGAGUGAAGCACGGAAUGACUACAAUGACUUUGACUGGUUUAAUUUUGGAAAUCUGGGCUUCUGGUUUCCAUGGUCUAUUGUGUUGUUGAUUCUUGCUGUUUUUCUGUUCACUUAUGUUGCUGUUCUACUGCUGCUGGCAGUUUGUCUUCUCUCAGAAGGCCAGAGGUUAUAUUUACAUUGGUGUCACAAGAUCGGGAUCUCAGUGACUUUGAUUCUCUCCAUUGUGGCCUCAUCUGUUCUCACAGAUUUAUGGAGCAAGGAGUGGAAGACUGUGCUUUUAUCUUUUCAGGUAUCUGCCCCAUAUCUACACAUUGGUGGUGUAGUUUUAAUGACUCUAUUGUCUUGGCCGGUAGGCUUUCAUCUCUUCCGGCUCAAUAUCAGAGUGAGACGGAUGGCCAUGAUGGUGCUGUAUAUAACUCUUCUAGUGACUCUUUACCUGGUUCCUCUGGGCAUGCACUCACCCUGCAUUAAAGAGAGGAGAACUCUGGGAUCAGCUCCUGCUUUAAUUGGACACAGGGGAGCGCCAAUGCUUGCCCCUGAAAACACCUACAUGUCUUUUGAGAAGGCAUUGGCUGCUGGAGCUGAUGGUCUGGAGACAGAUGUCACUAUCAGUUAUGAUGGAGUUCCUUUCCUCAUGCACGAUAAGAACCUACGCAGGACAACUAAUGUAAAAGACGUGUUUCCUAACUGGACACACACCUCACCUGCCAUGUUUACGUGGAAAGAGCUGCAGAGUCUCAACGCUGGAUCCUGGUUCUUCUCUCAAGAUCCCUUUGGAACAGCUAGAUUUCUGAGCGCAGAUGAGCGCUUACAGGCUCAGAAUCAGUCUGUGUGCACACUGAGGGCCUUUCUGGAUCUGGCUGCUCAAUAUGGGAAACUUGUAAUCUUUGAUCUGUACCGGCCGCCCAGGGGUCACCCUUAUAGAGAUUCCUGGAUAUACCGCACCCUGGAUGUCAUCCAGAACGAGUCAUCCAUUCACUCCAGUCAGGUACUGUGGCUGCCUCCAGAGCUCAGGGAGUUUGUACAAGAAAUGGACCCUGAUUUGCAAAAGACAGCAGGCGAACAAGCAUCAGUGGAGGAACUUCAGCUCAGACAUAUAGCCAGACUCAACAUCCAUUACAGUUCUAUGUCAGAGAAAGAAAUCAGAAAAUACGCUGCUGCCAACAUCAGCACCAACCUGUACGUGAUCAGCGAGCCAUGGCUGUAUUCUCUAGCCUGGUGUGCAGGGGCUCAUUCUGUCGCCACGAAUGCUGUUCACAUCCUCAAGAACCUGCAAAGACCGCUCUUUCUCAUGACACCAGACGAGUACAUGCUUAUGUGGACUCUUACUGACAUCACUUCCCUUCUUAUCGUUGUGAUUAUUUUUGUAUUUCACUGGUGGAGGGAGCGUGGGUUGGCUCGCCGUGUGGACAGCAGUUCAUUACUUGAACAUGGGUACUACAGACAGUUCAGGACAGAGGUGAAUGAUGUGUGGUCUUUAUCCAACAUGAGCAGCCCUGAGAAGCAGGUACCAUCUCUCUGAAGAGCCUGAUUAAAACUGUUGGUUCAUAUUUAACCCCUUAUAUUAAAAAAACAACUAACUGAUGUUCAGUUAAGCCAGUUUAAACCACAGUUUAAGUGGUACAUUUAAAUCACCCUUACAAUUUUAUAAAUUCUAAUUGUCACAAAAUGUCUUAUGACAGACAUGUGUGCUGAUAUGAUGGGAUACAUACAGUUAACAAAUGCUCGUGACUGAUCUUAUAGUCCAGGCAAAGUAGCAUUUUACGACAGACAUUAAAUUAUUUUUUUGCAGCUUAAAUCAUUUCUAUUAGGUGUCCAGAAAAACAUACUAAAAGUCUUUGAGAAAUCCUAGUUGAGGAAAUAUGUUUUUGUGCCAAUAAGACCAGGCAACAAUACACCCCAAUGGGGCUAUUUGUUUCAUUUACUCCUAUCAAAAUUAAACUUUACACAAUGAAAGUACUGUUGUGAACUUUUUUCUUCUAAAGUGUAGGAAACUCAGAAGCGAAGACCAGGAGACUUCCUAGCAAACAAAUUUAGGUUCUGAGAACGUUCUGGAAAUGUUAGAUUUUGGUUCCCAGAACGUACCUAGAACUUUCCCUUAAGGUUAAUGGAAAGUUCCCGGAACGUUCUCCUUGCGUUAUAAAAAUGGAACCUAAAAAUAACCUACAUGGAACAUUCCUAUAACGUUCUUGUUUGGUUCCCAAAAAAAUAACCUCAUGUGACCAUUCGGAAAUGUUAGGGGAACGUUCUGUGUUUGCUGGGUUAGUUGUAUCUUCAGCAAGAUUCUUUAUUGAGGACUGCAGUCCUUGUCAAGUCUGCUUCGUCCAAAAAUCUAAGCCUAGUCUGACUAAACUAAAAUACAGGCUGUUUGUAUACCUUACUUGGGGGAGGUGUUACAUAGAGGUAGAGACACUCUGAAACAAAGCAUGUAAAUUAAUUAUACAGGUUUAGAAACCUGCCCAAGACUGAGAGUAAUACCAAUGCUGAUAACAAAAUAUUCCCUUGUUAAACAAAAAUGUUACUUUUUAUGUAUACAUUUACUGUGUGAGGUUUGAUUGUGAUAGGGGUAAAGGAAAAAAUAAGCUCAUUAGGGUGUAUUUUGGGCAUAUUUGAUUAGUAUAUUGUUCAUUUGCAUAAUAAAAUUCAUUUCAAAGAAACUUGAAAUACAUUUUUUUUUACUUUUCAUGGAUACUUUCAUUGUAAUCUCGGAUUGAUGAGAAUUACACAUAUUUCCUCAACUAGGAUUUCUUAGGACUUUUAUGGAUCUGGACACCUCAUUAUUCUAUUUUUGUCUCCAAAAUGAGUUACUUUGCCUGGAUAUCUACACCUAUACACCACUUUGCCAGGGCACCUACGUCUACCUCUGACUUUAGAUUGUCAUUCGAGUUAAUGCAUUUCACAAGCCUCAGGCUUUUCUUAAAGGUUUCCAUUUUGAGCAUGAACGAAAAUGUGUCAUGUUGAUGAAAAGUAUCAGAAAAGUUUCCUUCAUUUAAAUAUUAGCGUAUCCAUUUAUUUUAUGUUUUUUUAUUUAAAACCAUUGUAAUGGUUUUGUUUGAAACAUUACUCCCAGAGAGGACCCUGAUUGUGUAAGAAUCUUAAGUCAUAAAUAAUUGUUGUGCUAAUGUUUUGUUCUUUUUGUCUUGUUCUAAUUUAAUGUAGGAUUCUCAAUCAAUAUUAAGUCACAAAAUAUCAUUCUGUGUAAAGAGUAUUUAGUUAUUGCAAUAUGAUCAGUGUCUGUCUGAAAUCAUGAUGUCGGUAAUCUAGUUUUUCAGUUUUUAAACUGAUAUUUGCUCUUUAAUUUUUUUUUUCAUUAAAUCACAUACUUUUUACUCAAAUGUGAAAACUGUUACAAUCUUGUUAUUUUUUUAUUAUUUGAAGUCUGAUUAAAUUCUGGCAAGAGUAUAUUGUUGUACAUUGAGUUUUCUAGAUUCUACAAAAUCUUAUACAAACUACAAAUAGUGUUAGAUAAACAAUAUAAAAAUAGUUUUUGCUAAAUGAAAUA